AGGAAACGUGCCCGUCUCGAAACCGAAAGUGCGUCCGGUAUUCGUCUCUGUCGAGCAACUCCUCACGACGCUCGAAGAAGACAUCCGAAAGCACGUAGGGGCCGGUUCGUCCCCAAAUAUCUUGCACCCAUCGUUUUUUUUUAUUCUUUUUUACUUCCCUUCCAAUAUUGACUUAGACGUCGCCCAAUUGACUGAUCGCUGUCCACAACGAGUACGAUGUGCCUACUGUACCUCUUCGUGAAUCCGCAUCCGAAACCGGACGAAUACCUGCUCGUGUUAGCCAGUGUUCGGGACGAGUUUUUCGGCAGGCCCACCAGCGGCGUCCACAUCUGGGAAAACAACCCGCAGAUCGUCGGACCAAUGGACCUGGAAGAAGGCAAGGUCGGAGGCACGUGGCUGGGCAUGAACAUCACUGGCAAGGUGGCAUCCCUGCUGAACAUCAUCCAGCCUCUCGACGAAAUCACCGGCGACGAGAAACUGCCCAGGGGCCAUCUUGCGGUGCGGUACCUGGAAGGUGGUCAGGACGGCAUGAACUACCUGCGCGACCUUCGGAGGAAGGCCAGCGACUACGACCGGUUCCUUCUCGUCACGCUGGACGUGAGCCCAUCACGGCAAGACAUCCAAGCCUGCUGCUAUACGAACGCCCUAGAUUCCCCGCCAAUUCACCUAAAAGCAGGUUUCCACGCAUUCGGCAACAGCAACCCACUGCGUCCCUGGCGUAAAGUGGUCGAGUCACGGGCCCAGUUCGGCGACAUCGUGCAGCGACAGGGCAAGGCCGGCCGCAAGCAGGCGCUGGUCGACGAGCUCAUUGCCAUGAUGAACAACAGCACCGAGUACUUUCCCGACGACCAGCUGCUGAAGGACGCGGAAGGCCGGUCCGAAGAAUCGCUGCGAAGCCUCAGCUCCGUAUUCGUCCGGGUCGAGGACGAGUACUACGGAUCCAGAACGCACACCGUGAUCCUGGUGGACGCCAGGGGCUGCGUGGACUACAUCGAGCGAACCAUGCAGCAACCAAUCGACCUUAACGGCAACGAACCCUGGGUCACGACGAGGCUUCAGUUCGGCAUCCAGGAGCCCGGAUCACUCGUGUCCCGCCUUUGACCCCGACCCUUCAUUCAUGCGUAUUUAUGUCCCACUCUUAAGAGUCAGCGGCUUCGUCUGCGCUCCUCACGAAAGGUGCCGUUAUGGUAGCCAGGCGCAGAAACGAAGCAACACAUUAAUUUAUGCCAUUGCUUCUUCAUCCGCAAGGUAAACAACAACAUGCGUAUCAACCUUCCAAGAGGU